AUGUGUGAUUUGAGCUGGUGCGACUCUUUCAGCUUUUUUGUUGUGCUUGGCUGGUGUGGUCGAAACUGGAGUGCGACCCCACGUCGAGCGCCAAGAAACCGGAUCCAAACAAUCCUGAGUCAUAUUUGUACUGCAAUCUUGAAGGGUAAGCUCUUUACGUUUUCAAAACGAAAAUGUCUCCAAGGCAAGAUUUUCAAUGUGGAGACCGGCGCAUGUGAGUCGGCUGUGAAAUCGGAUAUGGCGAAUGACGAUCCCUUCUCGCAGCCCUUCUAUCAAGCUCCUGAUGACCUCUGCGGGUCAGGUAUACCUCUUACAAUCCUGUCAGCACCGGUUGUCUGCAAUCCAAGCAUAAGCAGUUGCCCUGAUGGUUACGUCUGCCGUAUGUACGAGCGCACUGGAACCUCCUACUGCUGCCAGGGAUCAUCGCCGCCAGUUGACAAGGCUAGUUGUAGCCAAGGACAAGUCGCUUACUAUGAGUCAAAUGGCAAACCUCGGUCAUGUGUGCUCUCUUCUCCGUCGUCAUGCCCUGCUGGAUUCAGGUGUAGUCUGGUUGGCGGCACAACUACAAGGUGUUGUGGAAAAGAUCUUGGCUGCCCCUACAACUCAGCCGCUUUGCUUCAGCCAAGCAGUGAUUCGAUUGUGGAAUGUUCGCCUUCAAAGCGAAGUUCAUGCCAAGAUGGAUACUCCUGUUUGCUUAGCAGUACGCUCCAGAAACACAUUUGCUGCUCCUCAACUUCUGGCUACGCAGGUACUUGUCCAAAUGGGGAAAACCCCCUUUCUACUCCAUCUACCUGCACUGCAGCACAUCCAUGCCCCACUGGAUACAGCUGUAGGGAAGGAAAAUGCUGUUCAUCACCAAAUGUCUGCCCAGCUGGAUUACCUGCAGGGGGAGGUCCAACGUCUUGCGGUGAGGACAAUCCAUGCAGAGAUGGAUAUGAAUGCGUUACCAGCGGUUCUUCUCAAUACUGUUGUCCAUCAAGAGAAAACACCUGCUCCUUGCCGCGACAUUCCGGAGUAGCAUGCGCCAGCUCUCGUCCAGCCAUUACUCGUUACUAUUUCGAUGUGACAACUGGCUCUUGCCGAUCGUUCCAAUUCAGUCAAUGUGGAGGUAACGCAAACAACUUUAAUAGUCUCGAAGAAUGUGAAGGGUUCUGCCUGGACACCCAGUGCCAGCACGGACAGGCGUACCGUGUUGGUGCCGUGAAUGCUGUAUGUGCUCUUACAGCCACGAACACAUGCCCUCAGUCCCAUUCGUGCAUGAGUCCAGUCUUCGGGCCAUCUGCAGUGUGCUGCCCGAUUCCUGAGCUGACCUGCAACGAAAUGGUAUCGGCUGGAACACCCUGCUUUGGCCGAUCCGUUACUAUUCAGCGAUACUACUUCAAUCCAACGACUAGAAAAUGUCAAGCCUUCCAAUACUACGGAUGCAACGGCAAUGGAAACAACUUCCAAAGCAUGCAAAGUUGUCAAGAUCACUGCUUAAAUUCCGUCGAAAGCGUGUGUGGUGGAGCCGCGGCCCUUAUGGAUCCGAAUCAACUGCCUCAACGCUGUUCGACUUCCGUUCCGUGUCCAGCCGGAUACGACUGCAACCCAGAACACUAUUGUUGCCCUUCAAGCGCAACCGCCUGCUCUUCUGCAAUGAGCAGAGGUAAUGUGUGCUCUGGGUCACCACUGCGGACCAUGUGGUUCUAUGACCAAACACAACGAAAAUGCAACCAGUUUGCCUACAACGGAUGUGGAGGAACUGCAAAUCGCUUCACUUCCCGUAAAGCAUGCGUGUCAACUUGUGUUAGUUCAACUCUGUCAGGAUCAUGCCCUCGUGGCAUGACUCCACUCAUCGAAGACGGCGACAGUGUUGUCAAAGCGUGCACAUUGAAUAUUAUGAGCACUUGUCCGCCAUCAGCAUCGUGUGUGCGUUCAACGACAAAUCAGCCAAUCUGUUGUCAGACCGUGACAUCUUGUCCAGACAACCGAACGCCUUACGUAAUCCCUGGAUCGACCUCAGUUGUUGCCUGUAAUGCCGACGCCGAUGAUUGUCCAGGAGGUAACGCUUGUGUUGAGUCGAGUUCUGUUCCUGGAUUCCAUAUGUGCUGCUCGACAACGGGCUCCGUAAGUCGCCGUCCGACUUCCGGCUUCGGAAGUGCAAGAAAGGAGCCGAAUACUCUUGCUGCGCUUAUCAAAAGUUUCGUCCCUGUCAUUCCACUACCUUUGAAUUCCUCACUUUUGGCAUCACCUUUCAGCAUUUCGCCAUGUCCUGGACAGCUGACCUCCAAUGGACAAACUUGUACAGUGAACGCUAUUGGUGAUUGCCCACGUAACUAUCUUUGCUUCCGUGACGCUGGUUAUGAGCAUGGAUCAUGCUGUCGUACUGGGCCACCCAAAUGCUCUAUGAAACAAUAUGUACCUAUAUUUGUUUCUGGAACACAGGUGCAAAUUUGUCAAACGGACCUUGGUGGUUGUCCACGUGAUUCUCGAUGUAUGACUUCCAAUAUUCCCAAAGUAUCGAUCUGUUGUCAACUCUAUGGACCACGAUCGAUAACGUCAUCUGGAGGAAACAAUAUUAUGGCACGUCCAUUGGCUCAACCUAAAUGCAAAAAUGGCAACCAGCCAUACACCAGCGGUGGUAAUGUGCAAGACUGCAGCUUUGAACACAGCGACUGUCCGGCGGGUUACAAAUGUGAAUUCUCGUCAACUGGUCAAGCUGUAUGCUGCGGUGAUUCGGAAUCGAUUCGUUGUCCACCUGGCUCAUCUGCUUUUGAAUACGGUGGUCGACCACUGGCCUGCCCAGUAGGAAGCACUAAAUGUCCUAAUGGAUACAACUGCGUCGCUUCGAUGAAUCCACAGUAUCAUCUUUGCUGUACGACAGGCACUUUCAUGGCACAACCACAUCUUCCAUCGCCACAAUGCUUACGUGGUUCUGCAUAUGUUGAUCCCGCUUUGAAUCAACGCCAAUUCUGCUCGCCGUUGAGAGAUUCGUGCCCUAUCGGUUAUCAGUGCAUGGAAUCCGAUUAUCCUGGACAGUAUAUAUGCUGUAACGAAGGCGAUCUCAGUGAGCAGUUUAAAGGUUUCUGUCCACCGAAUCAAAUUCCGUACGUAUCCCGUGAAGGCUUUCCACCCACCUGUCAUAUGCAAUUGAAUCCAUGCCCGACGACGGCACCAUACGUUUGCAUAUAUUCAGCGAUGAAGCAGGAUUCAUACUGCUGUGCACCGAUCGACACGACUGGUCCCAAUUUGCCAGAUCCUUCCCUGUCUGCAUAUCCUAUGCGGAAAAUGCCUAGCGAACUUCCAACUAUUCCAACCAUUCUUCCUCCUUCGCUCGCUACAAAUAUGAACCUCAACGGGGUGUCACUAGGUGGCGUCCCAUCGGAUAUGGCUUCGCAAGUUAUCGACAGAGUCCUUGGACAAGUAUCCGGCCAGAACGUGAACUCUGGAAACAAUCCGUACUUCGUGAAUAAUAUCAAUAACAACCAGCCAGCUGCUGGACAGAUUUUCAGUGGACAGUGGUCUACUCCAGAUCACCAAGCGUUUACUGGUUGCCCGUUGGGAUCGAGAGCUUUAGUCAGGAAGAAUCCUGGUGGACAUUCUACUGGAAGUGGUGGGGCCCUUGGCAUGUCAAUAGAGGACGCCUGGUUAACCAAUGACGACAGAAAGGUUGCCUAUCCGAUGAGCAAUGCGCUACCAGAGAACCGAACGCUACGUGUGACAGCGGGUAUUGCGUCUUGCCCUGCAACGAAACCACUAGUACACGGUGGCAAGUGUGUCACUGGAUGCCCAGAAGGCUUUGCAAAUAUUGCUGGAAGAUGUUACGAUCCCACAACAGUAAUCUUCAUGGACUCUGUAGAUGAAAGGACUAAUGGAACAAUUGGAGGAUAUUGUUUGGAGACAUUGGUUGAGGAGAAACGAUGUAUUGUUGAAAACAGUUACUGCAGCGAGAAAACAAUAACAUGUCAAUGCAAAGUCGGCUUCACCCUUAAUAUGGACUUCAACAACAAAGACGACAAAGGCUCUUGCCGGCAAGACGAAUCUUCCAAGUUCAUCAAAUCGAGCAAGCAAGAUCAUGUGCCAGUGAUCGACGAUGAACUUUACUUUGUAGAUAUUGGGUCUAACGCAUCCGACGCUGACGAAUCGGAGUCCAAUUCAACAUUGCAAGAUGACGUCGAUGUCAAUAAGUAUCUUUUUCAAACCGAUGAACUGAUCACGCUCCUUGCAUGA